AUGGUCGAGCUUCCAAGACCAUCUCUAUCCGCCAGCUCGACCGGCAUCGACGUUCUUUCUCGGGCACACCGAGCCCAGCCCCUCCCAGCUCCCGCCUCCACACCAUGCUGCUAUCGCUUCGGCCUGUCCACACUUCCUCACGAGUCGUCUCUCCAGCUGGACCUGCACGACACCCUUAAUCGACUCCUCUCGCUCUCCCGUCAGCUAGCCAUCCCCACACAAUUCAGCCGGGGCGAUGGUCAAGCAUGGACGCAUUCGGCAGAGCACUACCCCUCACUGUUGCGUUGGAAGGAGCAGCAGGUGCCCACGCUUCUCGAGCAGGUCGGGGAAGCGUUGCGCGAGCUGAGCGGGCACAGUCUCGCAGACAAGCCACAGUCUCACGCUGAGCCAAUCCAUCUGGUUGUCGGCCAUGUCGUCUGCGCAGUCGCUCGGUACAUCCCGCCCCCACUCACCGGCAUCGCUCCCCCACCCACCGACUCUCUGCCUCACCACGGUUGGAUCGGCGACUCUUCCCGACUUCAAGCGCAGCGCAUCCUCGUCGACUUGCAAGAGUAUCGCGAAAUACCUUCGCAGGCUACAGUAGUAAAAGCGCUCCUCGCGGACUACAUCAAGCCCAUCAUCCAAGAAGCAGGCCUCUCCUCCUCUGGCCCGCAGAGCAGCAUCGACCCCAUCACGGGGCGUCGCAAGCCGCCCGCGUCCCAGGCCAACUUUGUUUCUCACCUGGACGCCAACCUUGGUCGUCACCGUCACUCAGCUGAUGAGGAUGAGGGUGCAUCCAACCUCGCUCCCUCGCGCUUCGCCCUCACGCUCCCAUCCGAAAGUCGGGCCUUGGAGGAGCGCAAUGAAGCCCUGGGGUGCACCAACGUCCUCUCCUUGAUCCUCACCCACCUCUCCCUAACCAACGAGUCGGACUGGACGGCGGUCUGGCCCCUGCUGAUCCCACCACUGCUAACGCUAGCCGAGCACCCGCAACCGCGCUUUCGACUGCGCGGUAGCGCGCUGGUAUACACCCUUCUCGAGCGCGGUGGUGAAGCGCUGGCCAAGCUUCUCCUCCGAACUGGCAUCGGUAGCCUCCUGGAAAAAGCGCUGCAUGUCAACCUCACCUACAUCCACGACGAGACGUAUGCAGCGGGGUUGUUGUCGUGCAGCAUCGGGGCGCUGCGGUUGCUCAUUCUGCUAAGCACUUCUCCCAUUGCAUACCGGCUACCUCUGUCUGGCCCGGGUGGGGUGGGUGAGGGCCGAUUGUCCUCUGCGGUGGGUGACUGUGGCGAGAAGCGACAGGAGUCGCUCACGCGCUUGGUGAGCGAAGGCAUCCUCUCCACGUGGUCGUACCUUCCCCUUCCGCCCGCCGGCACGCACCUCGGCCGAUCGCUCGUGCACACCACCGUCACCGCCUACCUCGUGCUGAUCGACGACCUCUCCCCUCCCGCACUCGACCCUUCCUCUACACGGAAAGGUCUCGGGUCGAUCUCGCGCUUUGUCGACGUAUCCCUCGACUGGAUCGCGCGGAACUGGUUGUCCACCGUCCCCUUUCUGCACUUGGACGAAAUCCCACUCACAGAGGUGGUACUUUCGCUCGCAACACGGCUCACAGCGGACGGCGCGGGAAGGUGGGUCGGUCCCCUCCUGGCGGCCGUAGCCAAGUGUUGGAUCUCAUCCCUCGAAUCGCCCCUCCGGCAGGAGAGCGAGGGGGACGAGAGGUGGGCGCGGUUGGAGGAGGGUUUGCGGAUGUUUUUGGGGAGAUUGGCGCAGGUGGAUGCGUCGGUGGGGGGAAGAUGGGGAGCGCUGAGGGAGGUGGAUGGGCGAUUGGGGGUGCUGGAGCCGAUAUGA